AUGAGCUCGCAUCACAACAGCUUCUGUCCUCCUAAGCCUAUCGGCUCGUCGAUCCUGCGGUCCGCCGCAUCCGCCGCUGUCGCAUCGCGGGCUUCUAUCGUCGCUGGCUCCAAUGCUGCCCCGUGUGUCAGCUCGCUUGCUAUCCAGGCGUUCCAGCGCCCUGUCGGUAUCAACCUUGCUGCCGUGGCCGCCGCACGUGUCGCGCGCUACUUUUCGCAAACAGCCCGCACUCUGAAUGAGGAGGAGUCGGACCUGAAGGCCGCAGAGACUGCCGAGACUGCUGAGGGUGCCGAGACUGUCGAGACUGCCGAGACUGCCGAGGCUCCGUCUGCGCUGGACCAGGGAGAGACUGCAUACGGUAUCUACAUUCGCAACGUCGUGUUCGAUGCCAGCGAGCAACACCUCAAGGAGGCCUUUGAGCACUACGGCCCGGUAUCCAAGGCUGUGAUUGCUCGCGAUGCGAGAGGACUGAGCCGAGGCUUUGCCUUUGUCUGGUUUAACACGGCCGAGGCCAUGGCCAAGGCUCUGAAGGAGGCUGACGGCUCUUUCUGGCACGGGCGCCGUAUUAUCGUGCAAGAGCGCACUGCCCGCCGCGAGGCCGGAAGCCCAUCUGCCGCCACCUCCACUCGCUCGCCGACCACGAGCCUCUACGUCGGCAACCUGCCGUACGAGACCACCGACGCUGACCUCAACCAGCUCUUCGUCGGCCUCGAGGGCGUCAAGUCGGUGCGUGUCGCUGUGGACCGGUCAACGGGCUGGCCGCGUGGCUUCGCCCACACCGACUUCGAGACGGUGGACCAGGCCACCAAGGCUUUCGAGCACCUGGCUGGCCGUACUGUCGGGACCCGCCAGCUUCGCAUCGAUUACGCAAACCCGUCUCGCGACCAGAGACAGACGCGGUCGUCGGCCUCGGGCCCGCCUUCUGAGUCGACUCUGCGGCGGUAA